AUGUACAUGUUUCACACCAGAAGAGUAAAAGCUACUGCAGGGAAGAUGUGGACUUCAAAUCUCUCCAAGAUCAGACAAUCUGUUAAAAAUGCUUAUGAAAAAUGUAAGAUCAAGCACCCAGAUUUUUUUGCUGGCUAUCCAACCAUGACUUCCUACAAUUGUGAUCAAGAAGAUGUCAGUUCUGGUGAAGAAAUGAGUCUUACAGUAAUGCUCCAAGAUGUUAAAAUGGCCCAAAUUCAACUUCUCAAGCAAAUGACUGAUGUUGUCAAUUCAAUAUCAAAAAUCCAGGAAACAACUGACCGCUACAAGAAGCAGAUGGAGCAACUGGAAAUUAGCAUGAAUGUUAAUGAAGACCAACAAUGCAUGACAACUAAAGAUAUCCUCUCUAUGAAAGAAAACAUUGACACUUUGAAGAAAAAGAUAACAGAACUGGAAAAACAAAAUUCUUGCUUCAGUAGCCAUUGUUUAGAGGUUCUGGAGGGAGAAAAAGAGAAAGAAACCAUAGAACUGCUUCACAAAUUCAUACAAACAAGAGCUCUGAACACAUCGGCCUCCACUGGCUCUGAAAUCUCUCCAGUAGAGAAAGUGCCCAAUCAUCCAGAACCCAUUGUGCAUUCUGAGAAAAAGACAAUUUCCCCCAAAAUUAAAACUCAGACAAAAAAUAAGCACCACAAUUCAUCAAGAAGUUUGAAAAGGGCAAAGUCAAAUAUUUAUAUUUACCCAGACUUUAAUACAUGGGUCAAGCUGACUUUUGUUCAUGGUGGAAAAUGGAGAUUUUUCCUCAGUGCUACCAAGUUAGAGGAAUUCAUCCAGUGGCUCCUGUCUCGGCCAACCAUCCUUCCCAAGGAACCACAGAUCAUAUCCAAAGGAGAGUGUCCAUUCACCAGACCUAUUGCGAGCUUCACAGCAAUCUGUCUCUCUGUUGUCAACUAUAUUUACUGCCUUUUUGGUUCCUCAAAAGAGGAAGUAACUCGACUGUAG